GACGUGUGCGCGUCGUGAGGGCGAGCGAUCAGCUGACGUUUCUUGGUGAACGCAGUGGAGGGAAGAGCUGAGGACGCUUUCUUAUUUAGAACCCUGCCGUAUCAGAGCAGAUUAUUUGAUAGGUGACGGUCCUGUCUCGUGAUUCGUCAUGGGGGAGCUGUUCCGCAGUGAGGAGAUGACCCUGGCCCAGCUGUUCCUCCAGUCGGAGGCUGCUUAUUGCUGCGUCAGUGAGCUGGGAGAACUGGGAAUGGUCCAGUUCCGAGAUCUCAACCCAGAUGUGAAUGUGUUCCAGCGCAAGUUUGUUAAUGAAGUGAGGAGAUGCGAAGAAAUGGACCGGAAGCUGAGAUUUGUGGAAAAGGAAAUUAAGAAAGCCAACAUACCGAUGCUAGAUACUGGGGAGAAUCCGGAGAUCCCCUUUCCGAGAGACAUGAUCGAUUUAGAGGCGACGUUCGAGAAACUGGAAAACGAGCUCAAGGAGAUCAACACGAACCAGGAGGCGUUGAAGAAGAACUUCCUGGAGCUCACAGAGCUGAAGCACAUCCUUCGAAGGACGCAGCAGUUCUUUGAUGAGAUGGCAGAUCCUGACCUUGAAGAGUCGUCUUCACUGAUGGAUCCGAACGAGGUGGGGAGACCUCCUCUUCGCCUGGGCUUCGUGGCUGGAGUGAUAAACCGGGAGCGGAUUCCUACCUUUGAGCGGAUGAUGUGGAGGGUGUGUCGAGGCAACGUGUUCCUGCGGCAGGCUGACAUCGAGGACCCCCUAGAGGACCCCACCACGGGAGACCAAGUCCACAAAUCAGUGUUCAUCAUCUUCUUUCAAGGAGACCAGCUGAAAAACAGAGUCAAGAAAAUAUGCGAAGGGUUCCGCGCCUCUCUGUAUCCUUGCCCUGAAAACCCCCAGGAGAGAAAGGAAAUGGCUGCAGGUGUCAGCGCCAGAAUUGACGACCUUCAGAUGGUCUUAAAUCAGACAGAGGAUCAUCGCCAGAGGGUCCUGCAAGCUGCUGCCAAGACCACCCGAGUGUGGUUUAUCAAAGUGAGGAAAAUGAAGGCCAUCUACCACACCCUGAACCUGUGCAACAUCGACGUCACUCAGAAGUGCCUGAUCGCUGAGGUCUGGUGCCCCGUGACAGACCUGGACUCCAUUCAGUUUGCUCUCCGCAGAGGCACUGAACGUAGUGGCUCCACGGUUCCUUCCAUCCUGAACAGAAUGCAGACCAAGCAGACGCCGCCAACGUACAACAAAACCAACAAGUUCACUGCCGGCUUUCAGAACAUAGUUGAUGCCUAUGGCAUUGGAACUUACAGGGAGAUGAACCCAGCUCCUUACACGAUCAUCACCUUCCCGUUCCUGUUCGCUGUGAUGUUUGGGGACUGCGGCCACGGCGUCCUGCUGACCUGUUUCGGAGUGUGGCUGGUGGUCCGGGAGAGCCGCAUCCUCUCGCAAAGAAGCGAUAACGAGAUGUUCAACACGAUCUUCAGCGGCCGCUACAUUAUCCUGCUGAUGGGGGUCUUCUCCAUUUACACGGGGCUCAUCUACAACGACUGCUUCUCCAAAUCACUCAACGUGUUCGGCUCGGGCUGGAGCGUUCGGCCCAUGUUCACGAAUAAAACCUGGACAAAUGAAAUUCUAAAAUCCAACCACUUGCUUCAGCUGGACCCUGCGCAGCGUGGAGUCUUUAAUGGACCAUAUCCCAUUGGAAUAGACCCGAUUUGGAAUAUCGCUACCAAUAAGCUGACGUUCCUGAACUCCUUCAAAAUGAAGAUGUCGGUUAUUCUGGGAAUUAUCCACAUGCUGUUUGGGGUAACCCUGAGUCUUUUUAAUCACAUCUAUUUCAAGAAACCCCUGAACAUCUACCUUGGUUUUAUUCCUGAAUUGAUUUUCAUGUCCACGCUGUUCGGGUACCUGGUCAUCCUUAUCAUUUACAAGUGGGGUGCCUACGAUGCUUUUACAUCAAAGGACGCGCCCAGCCUGCUCAUCCACUUCAUCAACAUGUUCCUGUUCAACUACAGAGAUCAGACCAACAAGAUGCUGUACUCUGGACAGGUCGGACUGCAGUGUUUCUUGGUGGUUGUGGCUUUGUUGUGUGUCCCGUGGAUGCUGGUGGUGAAACCGCUGUUGCUGAGACAUCAGUACCUCAAGAAAAAACGCCUUGGAACCCAUAACUUUGGAGGGAUCCGUGUGGGAAACGGGCCUACUGAAGAAGAUGCAGAGAUCAUUCAGCAUGAUCAGCUCUCCAUCUCCACACACUCGGAAGACGAGAGUGAUCCUUCUGAUGUUGAAGUGUUUGACUUUGCUGAUGCAGCCGUUCACCAGGCAAUCCACACCAUUGAGUACUGUCUGGGCUGCAUCUCCAACACCGCCUCCUACCUGCGGCUGUGGGCUCUCAGUCUGGCUCACGCACAGCUCUCCGAAGUGUUGUGGACAAUGGUCAUGAGCAUCGGCCUUCGCAUCAACAGCUACGCAGGCUUCUUAAUCCUGUUCUUCAUCUUCGCUGCCUUCGCCACCCUGACCGUCGCUAUCCUGCUAAUCAUGGAGGGCCUGUCUGCUUUCCUGCACGCCCUCCGUCUGCACUGGGUGGAGUUCCAGAAUAAAUUCUACACCGGCCAGGGCUUCAAGUUUGUUCCUUUCUCAUUCGAGACCAUUCUUGAUGGGAAGUUUGAAGACUAAAGUGUUCCCAGCCCUUCUGUGUUGUGAUGCUAUGCAAUGUGUUGUGAUGUGUGUUUGUGUAUCAUGCAGUAGCCGUCUCUUGACUGGGACAGCAUUUCUGUGCAACCAAGCAGUAACGCUGUGCCACACGCAGCCUGUAGUUCUCAAUACAAAUAGCUGUUUGUGUGUGGUGGAGUAAACUGGCAUUCUGUGAUGCCAACGGUGGAACUGCUGCAAUGCCAAUAUGGGUAUGUGUACAUUUGUUUAAGAGUAACCUUUUAUUUUUCACUGCAGUUACAUUGCACUAACUUACUAAAAUCAGCACUGAUUUCUAAAAAAACAAACCAGUAAAAAAGACUUUUGUGUCUGGGGAGAAAGGUGCCAAGCAAACUAGACUGGAUUAAUUUAGACAAGCCAUAGAGCCCUAACACGUUAAGCUUGACAUGGAGUUCUCUCUUCUUUUAAGGUAGCAUUAAAAAAAUUUUUUUUUUUUUUUUUUUAAUUACCUCCCUCAAAUGACUCCAAGUCCACGUGAGCCCUUAAUGAAAUAAUUGAAGUCUUUGUGAAUGAUUACGCUACACAGACCUGUGACCUACAGGUAAUAAUAAACUAGAAGCAGUACAUC